CUUUUCAACGCCAGCAAGUGUAUCAUUUGUGAAGAGCAUUGUGCUAAAAGUUUGAGUACAAACUAAAAUAUUUUACAAAAAGAAAUAAUAUAUACAAAUAAAUAAUAUAAAAUGGGUGGCCACAACGAUCAAAACGGAAACUCCAAUGGCCAGCACGAUGAUGAUUCUAUCACCGAGCCUGAGCACAUGCGUAAAUUGUUCAUUGGUGGUCUGGAUUAUCGCACCACUGACGACAAUUUAAAAGCGCAUUUUGAGAAAUGGGGCCAAAUUGUCGAUGUAGUCGUCAUGAAGGACCCGCGCACAAAGCGCUCUCGCGGCUUCGGUUUUAUCACCUACUCGCAUUCGAGCAUGGUAGACGAAGCACAAAAAGCGCGUCCCCACAAGAUCGAUGGCCGCGUUGUAGAACCCAAGCGCGCGGUGCCACGCCAAGAUAUUGACUCUCCGAAUGCGGGCGCAACGGUCAAGAAACUGUUUGUUGGCGCACUGAAGGACGAUCAUGAUGAGGAGAGUCUGCGUGAAUAUUUCCAACAUUUUGGCAGUAUUGUCGAUAUUAACAUUGUCAUGGAUAAGGAAACGGGCAAAAAGCGUGGCUUCGCCUUUGUCGAAUUUGAUGACUACGAUCCCGUGGACAAAGUUGUGUUGCAAAAACAGCAUCAGCUUAAUGGAAAAAUGGUGGACGUAAAGAAAGCAUUGCCUAAGCAGAAUGAAAUGGGAGGCGGCGGCGGUGGUGGACGUGGUCAGGGAGGUCGCGGUGGUGGCGGCAAUCGGGGUGGCAACAUGGGCGGUAAUAUGGGUGGGGGUGGCAACUUUGGCAACCAGAACGGCGGAAACUGGGGAAAUCGCGGCGGUAAUGACAAUUGGGGUAAUAGCAACUUUGGCGGCGGCUACGGAGGUGGCGGCAACAACUGCUGGGGCGGCAAUAACGGACCAUGGGACAACAAUUGGGGCAACAAUGGUGGCGGUAACUUUGGCAGUGGCGGCGGCGGUGGCAACGGCAACUGGGGCAAUAAUGGUGGCAAUGACUUUGGCAACUAUCAGCAGGGUUACAGCGGGGGUCCACAACGUGGCGGCAACUUUGGCAAUAAUCGCAUGCAGCCCUACCAAGGUGGCGGCAACUUUGGCAACAAAGCAGUUGGCUGAACAAAGUAAUGCAAAGCGCUGAAAAGACGGUCGCCAAGCUACACUCAGCCACAAAACGGACAAUGUGCUACACACUCUCCUCUCCACUCUUGCAAUUGGGUCAGCGCCGCUGAUCACUUGUCUUCCCUGCAGAAUUGGACCCCUUUUGAGUUAUCAAUAUAUUAUGGGUAAGUCUCGCAGCUGGAUAACAAAAACAGCCAAGUGUUGCAAUUUUCAGGUGGUUCCUCGCUUCGCUAAUGAUGACAGCUCACAAAUGCA